AUGAAUAUCUACCGGCACUCGACUUUUCGUUCAAAUGCCGUCAAACCUGUCUGCGCCUUAUCCGCCGAUUUCUUUUUUCCUAGGGACGAGUAUGGAUGGCUACUGUUUGUCGCGUGCCGCGAAGGCUUCGUUGAGGUUGUCGAGCUGAAAUUGGCAGCGCCACGCCACACCACUUGCGACACCGUGAUGCCCGACUACGCCGCGCGCCUAUUUACGCCUACGGCUCCUCCGUUCACGCAUCGUGAA